UCCCGGGGCUGACGGCAGAGCUCCCCGGGCUGCUACUGUCGUUGUCCCGGCGCGCCUGCCCUGGCUCUCCCCGCUCCUGGCGCGCCGACCAUGACGGGCUCACUGUUGAAGGCGAACUUUUGGAGCCCAGACAUCCUCAGCACCGUUGGCUACGACAGCAUCAUCCAGCAUCUGAACAACGGCCGCAAGAACUGCAAAGAGUUUGAAGACUUUUUAAAAGAAAGGGCAUCAGUUGAAGAGAAAUAUGGCAAAGACCUGCUCAGCCUCUCUCGGAAGAAGCCCUGUGGACAGUCUGAGACCAACACCCUGAGGCGCGCCCUUGAAGUCUUCAAGCAGCAAGUUGACAAUGUGGCCCAAAGUCACAUUCAGCUUGCACAGACUCUAAGAGAAGAGGCCAGGAAGAUGGAAGAAUUCAGGGAAAAGCAAAAGUCACAACGGAAAAAGACGGAGCUCGUAAUGGACGCCGUCCAUAAACAAAAGAGCUUACAAUUCAAGAAGACCAUGGAUGCAAAGAAGAGCUACGAGCAGAAAUGCCGAGACAAGGAUGACGCAGAGCAGGCUGUCCACCGGAGUGCCAAUCUGGUAAACCUGAAGCAACAAGAAAAGCUUUUUGUGAAACUGGCAACUUCAAAGACUGCAGUGGAAGACUCAGACAAGGCGUACAUGCUGCACAUCAACGCGCUGGAUAAGGUCCGAGAAGAGUGGCAGAGCGAGCACAUCAAGGCCUGCGAGGUGUUCGAGGCUCAAGAAUGUGAACGAAUAAACUUCUUUCGGAAUGCACUGUGGUUACAUGUAAAUCAGCUGUCACAACAAUGUGUCACAAGCGAUGAUAUGUAUGAAGAAGUCCGUAAGAGUUUAGAAAUGUGCAGCAUUGAGAAGGACAUUGAGUACUUCGUGAAUCAACGCAAAACUGGACAGACUCCACCAGCACCCGUCAUGUAUGAGAACUUCUACUCCCCCCAGAAGAGUGCAGCCCCACCAGGAAAGUCCACGGGGCCUAACUUGGCAAGGAGAGGACCUCUCCCGGUUCCUAAAACUAUCCCAGAUGAUCCUGAUUAUUCUUUGGUUGAUAACUACAGCUUGAUCUACCAGUAACACCAAUGAAAACGAAGCUUUUUUUUGGCUGGUGCUUCUGUGGCACUGAAGGAGGCACUCAAAGCAGCAGAAUCUGUAGGAAUUAUGUCAAUCGUGAAGACUUUGAAGUGAACCCCUGCUAUAAUUUUUCAAUAUUUUAAAUUUAUGGUAGACAUUUAGUUCAACUUAACCUGCUAGAGUUCUGCAGUUUUUAAAAGAAGUUUAUAAAUUGCCCCAGACCAAAGAAUUAUCCUUUCCCAAUCAAGUUACUAAAGUUGUGAAUGAAUUGUGUUUUCUGCUCGAUUCAGGAAACUGAAUUUGAAGCCUUGACUCUUGGGGUGGGAGCAGGGAUGGCUGCAGAGAAGUCUAAGCCAUCAACCUGCUCAGGAAGCUCCUUUGCCUUUGGGGGCAACAUGGCUAUGGAAUUUCCACAGUGACACACACUCUCAGUGGUGCAAGAUUUAGAAUUUAAGAUUUAAAACCUUCCUUUUUGGCUGGAAGACUUAGAAGCCAUCCGAUUGCACUUUCUCAUUUUGCAGACGAAGAAAGGAGGCCCUGAGUGUGAAAUCAGUUUCCUCACUGCUCUCCCAGCUGAUUAGGGACAGAAGCAGAAGUCAGGUGCAAGCUCCUCCCACAUCACCAUCUUUCUAACCCCUCCUGAGGCUGGGAUGCUCGUGGUGAAAUUUAAGAUGCCAAAUGUUUCUGCCAGCAUCUUUUCAAUUGGGAAAAUCACCAGGAUGUGAAUGUCAGAUUUAUUUUUAUAUGGCUCACUGUGUGUACUGAACCACAGGGCAUCGUAUUUAAUUUAAUCUGAGAAGCCAUUGAUUGUAAAACAUGUCAUUACUUUAUACGCCACUGAGAAAGGCAGUGGGGGAGUUGACGCUGUGAUCAUUAAUGGCCAAGCCCAUUUGAAUUUGAGAUGAUAAAGUGUGUGUGGUGGGGGGGGGGAUUGCAUCUUAGAAUCAAUGAUAUGUGGUAUUUUGACUAUUCCUGAAAAGAAUUUUAGACUUAACAAAGCCAGUACUCAGUCCUGGGUCUUCACAGAGAGUCUUUUCCUUGCUAGAUCCUGGGAUUUUCAAAGUGUCAAUCUUACCCUUUCACAAAUAUUUGAGCCCUCCUUUGGUCACCCACAAACAGCAGCGAGAUUAUGCACCUUUAUCUAACGUUCGCACACUGACGAAUGGUACAUUUUAGUUAAUGACAAGUUAAAAUAGCGCUGGCAUUGAUUUGGGAUAUUGUAAAAUUCUGGUACCACAAAGAACAAAUUGUUUCCUUUUCUGCUCUGUGCAGUAGCUUUCCUGGAACUAUUGACAAGUUGAGUGAAGGAAGAUUGAUUAUUUCCCCCUUUUCAUGUUAAGAUGCUGCUGAAAGAGGUAAUUUCUUGUCAUGAUGGGAAACUUGCGUCAGUUGGGUAUCCUUUUGAGAAACUGAAGUUUGCAAAGGGCCAUUGACUUCCCCAAAUUGAACAGGCUCAGGAAAUUUUCCUGUGAGCUCAGGACAUCGUAUUCUUAAGUAUUUUAUUUAUUGUUAGCAAUUCCUCAGGGAUUUCAGCUUUCUCUCUGUUGGUCAGUGUAACUAAUGUAAAAGUGUUUUAAGAAUUGAAAAUAUGUUUAUUUUAUUGCCUUUCCAGUUUGAUAUGAAGUAAAAUAAAAGUUCUUGGUGAUUUGGGA